GUUGGUCACACCGUAGGUCGCGAUGCAUGCUGGGGCUUGGCAACAUGGCGUCCUCCUUGAUGUGCUGAUGAGAGGAGUUUCACUGUAGCUUCAAACCAGAGGGCAGAACUCUCCAAACCCAAUAAGCCCACAGUCCCUGUCUUCUUCGCGCCUCCGCGUCGCCCUCUCCUCAGGACUCGUUCUCAGGCAGGAGAGAGGCACGGGGCCGAAGGCCGGGGCCGUCCAGGCCGCGCGGAUCCGGGGCCGAGGAGCCGGCUGCGGGCGAGCACGAUGGGCCGGUCCUGGCUCUGGUUGCAGCAGCUCCGGCGAGUGCGGGACCCGCAGGGCUGAGAGUGGCUGCGGGAAACCCCACGAGCUCUGAACCUCUUCCCCCCCCUCGGCCGGAGACCUCCGCCCGGUCGGCGAACCGGCACCGAGAGCGGGCGGCCUUCCUGUCCUCGGAUCGGCCGAGGCGUUGGAGGCCGAGAGCAGGGUCAUCGUGAGGCCUGAAGUCUCCCACGCCUCUGACAGCCCCGCUCGCAGCCCCUCCUGGGACGUGCAGCCCCCGAAGCAGCCCGUGGCGUGGGGCCUGGGGGCGUGCGUGUGUGUGCGCGCCGACCUCCUUGGUCCGCCCGGUCUUCGCCCCCCCCCCCCCCGCCGCCCGGCUCUUCCUACCCCCUCCGCCUUCCCGCGCAGAGUUAGAGAGAAGGGUGUCAGACUUUUUUGCCCGAGUAGGGGUCUCCGCACACUUCCCGUUCGUUUCUUUUUCCACUCUCCCCCUUCCCUGUUUCUUAUUUCUUAUAUGUACCGCUCCGGUACACGCUAGUUUUUAAGGCUGGAGGUUCUCGAGCGCUUGCUGCCAAGGACUCCCCCACCCCCUCCCCCCCCGAUGGAGUCCGAGAUGCUGCAGUCCCCUCUUCUGGGACUCGGGGAGGAAGAUGAGGCCGACCUCACAGACUGGAACCUGCCCUUGGCUUUUAUGAAAAAGAGGCACUGUGAGAAAAUCGAAGGCUCCAAAUCCUUAGCUCAGAGCUGGAGGAUGAAGGAUCGGAUGAAGACAGUCAGUGUUGCCUUAGUUUUGUGCCUGAAUGUCGGUGUGGACCCUCCAGACGUGGUGAAGACCACCCCUUGUGCUCGUUUAGAAUGCUGGAUCGAUCCUCUGUCGAUGGGGCCUCAGAAAGCUCUGGAAACCAUCGGUGCAAAUUUACAGAAGCAGUACGAGAACUGGCAGCCACGGGCCCGGUACAAGCAGAGCCUCGACCCGACCGUGGAUGAGGUGAAAAAGCUCUGCACGUCUUUACGCCGAAACGCCAAGGAGGAGCGGGUCCUCUUCCACUACAACGGCCACGGGGUGCCCAGGCCCACCGUGAACGGGGAGAUCUGGGUCUUCAACAAGAACUACACGCAGUACAUCCCUCUGUCUAUCUAUGACCUGCAGACGUGGAUGGGCAGCCCGUCAAUAUUCGUCUACGACUGCUCCAACGCCGGCUUGAUCGUCAAGUCCUUCAAACAGUUCGCCCUGCAGAGGGAGCAGGAGCUGGAGGUUGCCGCCAUUAACCCGAACCACCCGCUCGCGCAGAUGCCCCUGCCCCCGUCCAUGAAAAACUGCAUUCAGCUGGCAGCCUGUGAGGCCAACGAGCUCCUGCCCAUGAUCCCCGACCUCCCGGCCGACCUGUUCACGUCCUGCCUCACCACCCCCAUCAAAAUCGCCCUGCGCUGGUUUUGCAUGCAGAAGUGCGUGAGUCUGGUGCCCGGGGUCACACUGGAUUUAAUAGAAAAGAUCCCCGGCCGGCUGAAUGACCGGAGGACCCCUCUGGGGGAGCUGAACUGGAUCUUCACAGCCAUCACAGACACCAUCGCCUGGAACGUGCUGCCUCGGGAUCUCUUCCAAAAACUCUUCAGACAGGACCUGUUGGUGGCGAGUCUGUUUCGAAAUUUUCUACUGGCAGAAAGGAUCAUGAGGUCCUACAACUGCACUCCCGUCAGCAGCCCACGCCUGCCCCCCACGUACAUGCACGCGAUGUGGCAAGCCUGGGACCUGGCCGUCGACAUCUGCCUCUCUCAGCUGCCCACCAUCAUUGAGGAAGGCACGGCGUUUCGGCACAGUCCGUUCUUUGCUGAGCAGCUGACCGCGUUCCAGGUGUGGCUCACCAUGGGCGUGGAGAACAGGAGCCCGCCCGAGCAACUUCCCAUCGUUCUGCAGGUGCUGUUGAGUCAGGUGCACCGGCUGAGAGCCCUGGAUCUGCUGGGGCGCUUCUUGGACCUGGGCCCCUGGGCGGUGAGCCUGGCCUUGUCUGUGGGCAUCUUCCCCUACGUGCUGAAGCUGCUGCAGAGCUCCGCCCGAGAGCUGCGGCCCCUCCUGGUUUUCAUCUGGGCCAAGAUCCUGGCCGUGGACAGUUCGUGCCAAGCUGACCUGGUGAAGGACAACGGUCACAAAUACUUCCUGUCGGUCCUGGCGGACCCGUACAUGCCAGCUGAGCAUCGGACCAUGACGGCUUUCAUCCUGGCUGUGAUCGUGAACAGUUACAACACAGGACAGGAAGCCUGCUUGCAGGGAAAUCUGAUCGCCAUCUGCCUGGAGCAGCUCAACGACCCCCACCCGCUGCUGCGCCAGUGGGUGGCCAUCUGCCUGGGGCGCAUCUGGCAGAACUUUGACUCGGCCAGGUGGUGCGGCGUGAGGGACAGCGCGCACGAGAAGCUCUACAGCCUCCUCUCCGACCCCAUCCCUGAGGUGCGCUGCGCGGCGGUCUUCGCUCUCGGCACGUUUGUGGGCAACUCGGCGGAGAGGACCGACCACUCGACCACCAUCGACCACAACGUGGCCAUGAUGCUGGCCCAGCUGAUCAACGACGGGAGCCCCGUGGUCCGCAAGGAACUGGUGGUGGCUCUGAGUCAUCUUGUCGUCCAGUACGAAAGCAAUUUCUGCACCGUGGCCUUGCAGUUCAUGGAGGAGGAGAAGAAUUACCCGUUGCCCUCUCCAGCGACCACAGAGGGGGGGAGCUUGACCCCGGUGCGGGACAGCCCGUGCACCCCCAGACUCCGCUCCGUGAGCUCCUACGGAAACAUUCGCGCCGUCACCACCGCCAGAAGCUUGAACAAAUCUCUGCAGAACCUGAGCUUGACAGAAGAGUCGGGCAGCUCGGUGGCUUUCUCCCCCGGAAACUUGAGCACCAGCAGCAGCGCCAGCAGCACCCUGGGCAGCCCCGAGAACGAGGAGUACAUCCUGUCCUUCGAGACCAUCGACAAGAUGCGCCGAGUCAGCUCCUACUCCGCCCUCAACUCCCUCAUCGGAGUCUCCUUUAACAGUGUUUACACUCAGAUUUGGAGAGUGUUACUGCAUCUGGCUGCGGAUCCCUAUCCAGACGUUUCCGACUUGGCCAUGAAGGUGCUCAACAGCAUUGCCUACAAGGCCACGGUGAACGCCCGGCCCCAGCGUAUCCUCACCACGUCCUCACUCACCCAGUCGGCGCCCGCCAGCCCCACCAACAAGGGCAUCCACAUCCACCAGGCGGGGGGCUCCCCCCCGACGUCCAGCGCCAGCAGCUCCAGCCUGACCAACGACGUGGCCAAGCAGCCAGUCGGCCGAGACCUGCCCGCGGGCCGCCCCGGCGCCCCUGGCCCCGCGGGGGUGCAGUACACGCCCCACUCCCAGCAGUUCCCCCGCACGCGGAAGAUGUUCGACAAGGGCCCAGACCAGACCACAGACGAUGCAGAUGACGCUGCUGGACACAGAAGCUUCGUCUCAGCCACGACGCAGACGGGCUUCUGCGACUGGAGUGCCCGGUACUUUGCCCAGCCCGUCAUGAAGAUCCCGGAGGAACACGACCUGGAGAGUCAGAUCCGCAAGGAGCGCGAGUGGCGAUUUCUCCGCAACACCCACGUCAGGCAGCAGGCGCGGCAGCUCAUCCAGAAGGGUAUCGCAAGACUGGACGACCAGAUAUUCCUGAACAGGAACCCCGGUGUCCCCUCCGUGGUCAAGUUCCACCCCUUCACGCCGUGUGUGGCCGUGGCUGAUAAAGACAGCAUCUGUUUUUGGGACUGGGAGAAAGGGGAGAAGCUGGAUUACUUCCACAACGGAAACCCUCGGUAUACCAGGGUCACCGCCAUGGAGUACCUGAAUGGCCAGGACUGCUCGCUGCUGCUCACGGCCACAGAUGACGGCGCCAUCAGAGUCUGGAAGAACUUCGCGGAUUUGGAGAAGAACCCAGAGAUGGUGACCGCUUGGCAGGGGCUCUCAGACAUGCUGCCCACCACCAGAGGAGCCGGGAUGGUGGUAGACUGGGAGCAGGAGACUGGCCUCCUCAUGAGCUCGGGGGACGUGCGGAUCGUCCGAAUCUGGGACACGGACCGCGAGAUGAAAGUACAGGACAUCCCCACGGGCGCUGACAGCUGCGUGACAAGCCUGUCCUGUGACUCCCACCGCUCCCUCAUCGUGGCUGGCCUCGGCGACGGCUCCAUCCGCGUUUAUGACCGGAGGAUGGCGCUCAGUGAAUGCCGCGUCAUGACGUACCGGGAGCACACGGCCUGGGUGGUGAAGGCCUACCUCCAGAAGCACCCCGAGGGCCACAUCAUGAGCGUGAGUGUCAACGGAGACGUGCGCUUCUUCGAUCCUCGGAUGCCAGAGUCUGUGAACGUCCUUCAGAUCGUGAAGGGGCUCACGGCCCUCGACAUCCACCCCCAGGCAAACCUGAUCGCCUGCGGCUCCAUGAACCAGUUCACGGCCAUCUACAGCGGGAACGGGGAGCUCAUCAACAACAUCAAAUACUACGACGGGUUUAUGGGCCAGCGCGUCGGGGCCAUCAGCUGCCUGGCCUUCCACCCGCACUGGCCUCACCUGGCCGUGGGCAGCAACGACUACUACAUCUCCGUGUACUCGGUGGAGAAGCGGGCCAGAUAGCGGGCGCCCCUCCUGCCAGGCCUCCGUGUACAUAGUGGACCCGCCGCGCCACCCUCCACGCUGGUCCUGACCUGCUGCCGAGGGCUCCGGGAGGCCCCUCGCUGUCUGUCUGUGCGUCUGUGGUCGCUGUCAUGCCCAGGAGCCCAGGGAAGGGGGCUCUGGUAGAGUCCUGCCGUGUGACAGCCCGGGGACAGCCGCAAACGUCCCCGCACCCUUCCCGUCCUGUUUUGCUUCUGAGAUUUUUAAAGGGGGAAACACACUCGUUCUACUUGGCGAGGGACCCGAGCACUGGCUCCACGGAAGCUCCGAGACAGAAGCCGUUCCCCAGGGCUCAGCCACCCUGGCGGACGGGCCAGCGCUGGGGCUCACGUAGGUCGCUGGGUUGCUGCCUGGCCGUGAGCCAGCCUGGGCCGCAUUCCCCUGGCUGCAAGCCAGCCGGCCCGUUUUCUGCACUCGCGCUCCUGGGGGGUUUCCAAGCGGGCUGGGAGAGGCGGGAGAUUCAAGAGACGGAGCCCACACGCACACAAGGAGACAGCCCAAGCCUCCUGCCAACCGCCAGUCCUUGCCCCCGGGGGCCCUUCGUGGCCAGACCGUAGGAGGGCCGGCGCUGCCCCUCCCCCACACAGCCCACCUUCCCUGCACAAGCCCCAAUCGCCACAGACCCGCUAGCAGGAGGGGCCUGUGGCUUUCGACAUGUGUGGCCAGUCCUUGGCGAUUUGGCCACCACCCUUAGGCCACAGGGCCUGCCCCUCUCAAGUGCUGCUGCUGCUCCCCAGGCAGGGGCAGGGGCAGGGACAGCCGCUCAGGCCUGUGGCCGCCCCAUACGGGUGUACAUGCACGUGCAGGGCCCGUGGUCUCCACACUGGAACCAACACGGAGUAUGCACUUGUGUGGCCCCGCGGCCUCCUCGCCCGGCGCAGCACGUGCCUGCCCGGGGGCGGAGGCAGCUGGGGCCCCGCUGCCUGUGGGUGAACGGUGGACCGCCUUUGCCGCCACUUGCUGGUGCGAGCGAAGUUCAUGUCUUGCAGUGAGUAAAGCAGAAAAGUUGCUCGGUGAUUGCGUUAGCACGUGGCAGGGCAUCUGCGCAUGUCCGCACACAGGUGUGCGCGUGUGUCUGCCCGUAUCCGGGCACCACCUCGGAGCCACGGGGACCGUUUAGCCCCAAGAAGGACAACAGGGAACGUGCUAAGCGAUUACAAACAGCGCUUGUAAAACAAAACCACAAUGAUGAUAUUCUGAAAAGCAUUUUUUUCCAUUUUUCCUUGGGAAUCAAGAUUAUUCAGAUAGAGCAGUGAGCUGGCUUAACUAAUUCUGCCAAUAAGAGGCCAUGACGGGAAUGUGCGUCCCGGCGGUGACGGAAGUUUAGUGCCCUACCCAGGGGCGCCUUCCGGGGACGGCGCUGCCCGGGCUCUGCGGCCGCGGGAUGCCGGUGUGCCCCGGGAGCCGGCUCCGGGACAGGGUCCGCGCCCGCCCGGCAGCUGACCCCCCGGGUGGAUGUGGUGCCUCCUGUGCCCCCUCUCAGAACCGCCGCGCCGCGGCCCGCUGGGCCAUCCCGGGUCUGAAGCGAAAAUCCAAUCAUGGAGUUAACCGGGGCUCCACGGAGCACGCCCUGAAAGUUCGUUUAUCUCUAUUUAUUUUACCAAAUGAGAAUUGCGGAGUGAAAGAGCAAACGACAACUGUUCAUGACAAUAAACAAGUGCAGAGGUGA